UCGUAAAGUGGCGUUGGAGCCAAUCCUAAGGCACCGUAAAGUGUUAAUUUGUAAACAUGAUGAUACCUUGCCGGAAAAGUCUGUUUUACAGGCAGUAUUAUUAAUAUAUCUGCUGACAAUAUUAAGAGUAUCACUAAAGGCGAUUACAUAUUAAGUAUCAAAAUGAGCAUCCACACUCUUCUGGUUCUGUACGGGAGCCAGACAGGAACAUCGCAGGACACAGCAGAGAGGAUCGGGCGUCAAGGACAGAGAAGGCGGAUGAGAGUCAAAGUGGUAGCCCUGGACACUUACAAUGUGGCCAACCUGAUCUCAGAGUCUCUGGUUGUGUUUGUCUGUGCCACAACAGGACAGGGUGACCCUCCAGACAAUAUGAAGAAAUUCUGGAGAUUCCUGUUCAGGAAGUCUUUGCCUGCUGAUUCUCUUUGUCGUCUUCACUGUGCUGUGCUGGGCCUUGGAGACUCCUCCUAUCCAAAGUUCAACUUUGUUGCUAAAAAGCUCUAUAAGCGUUUGCUUCAACUUGGUGCUAAUAUGCUGCAGCCUGUUGGACUUGCUGAUGAUCAACAUGACCUGGGGGCAGAUGGUGUGAUUGACCCCUGGUUGAUUUCAUUCUGGCAAAAAACCCUGGGUCUCUACCCACCUCCAGCUGGCCUUGCACCGAUCCGCGAGGAAGAGAAGCUUCCACCGCGAUAUGUUUUCCACUUCCUAGAUGAAGCUCCAGACAAGCAGGUUGAGCAUCUCCAGACACCUGAUAACAAGGCAUUUCCCACCUCAUUGCACCCUUUCCCAGCUCGAGUGGUGUUCAAUCAGAGAGUGACUGAUCUCUCACACUUCCAGGAUGUCAGGCAUAUUGAGUUUGACAUCACAGGCUCUAACAUCCAGUACAGUGCAGGAGACAUUGUAAUGAUAAGGCCCUGUAACGCUGCAGAUGAUGUGGAGCAGUUCUGCCAACUAUUGGGACUUGACCCUGAGCGCUACUUUACACUAAACCCCACUGACAGCAGCACAGCAGCAGUUCCUGCACGUCUCCCUCAGCCCUGCUCCAUUCGCUUUCUGGUGGAACAGUUUCUGGACAUUUCUGCCGUUCCACGUCGCUCCUUCUUUGAGCUGUUGGCCACUUUUUCCACUAAUGAACUGGAGCGUGAAAAACUGCUGGAGUUUAGCUCUGCUCAGGGCCAGGAUGCUCUUCAUGCCUACUGCAACCGACCCCGUCGAACAGCCCUGGAGGCACUGGCAGACUUUCCUCACACCACAGCUGAGCUGACUGUUGACUACCUGUUGGAUCUUUUCCCUGAAAUCCAGCCUCGCUCCUUCUCCAUCGCCUCUUCGCUCUUGGCACAUCCUGACCGCAUCCAGAUCUUGCUUGCAGUGGUGAAAUAUAAAACCAUUCUUCAUAAGCCACGCAAGGGACUGUGUUCUUCCUGGCUGGCAUCUCUGGAUCCCUCUAAAGAGAUUUUUGUCCCCCUGUGGGUGAAGAAGGGGAGCUUGAGUUUCCCUCAGGACCCAGACACCCCUGUGAUAAUGGUUGGGCCAGGGACAGGUGUGGCUCCCUUCAGAUCUGCUAUACAGUUGAGGACUACUCAAGGGAAGAUGGCUAAUGUGCUGUUCUUCGGCUGUCGGUCUGAAUCGAAGGACUUCUACUGUCGAUCAGAAUGGGAGGAAAAGGUGCAGGCGGGCCAGAUGAUCCUUUUCACAGCCUUCUCCAGAGACCAGGAGGAUAAAAUCUAUGUUCAACAUCGAGUGAAGGAACAAAGCAAACUUUUAUGGGAUUUGAUAGCUAAGAGGAAUGCCUUCUUUUAUAUAGCAGGGAAUGCCAAGCAGAUGCCCACAGGUGUAUGUGAUGCACUGAAGGGGAUUUUUGAAAAUGAGGGUGGCAUGUCUGAACAUCAGGCACAGGAAAUGCUGGAUGCCAUGGAAAAAGCCGGGCGCUUUCAGAGUGAAACCUGGUCCUGAUCUCUUCAUUACACCCCUUUCAUAGCCUUAAUAACCCACACAUUCUAAAAGAGAGUUUGAACACAGGUUAAAGGGUGUUAUGCUGGUAACUCUGACUCCACUACAAGGUUUAAGACAUUAUCAAACCUCAAUUUUGGUCAGUCCGACCACUCUCCUUCCAAGCAAAUACAUUAUUGCUUUGGAAUGUAACUAUAGAACCUGUAAGCAUAUCUGAAGAUAAUAUUUUGUAAUUUUGGUCUUUCUCUCUCUCUCUCUCUCUAUAUUAGGGAUGGGCAUUUUGGCCAUUUUGUCUACUCGUGUACUUGAGGGGUGAUGACAUAUAAAUAACUGUAUAUAUAAUAACAUGUCUGACAAACAUAUUUGGUUGCUGCAUUGCAUCUUGUUGUUCCAGUGUAUCCUCUUCAUUAUUAUAGGCUGUUAUAAUAUAUUAUAACAAAGUAUAUAUAUUUCAAAGUCAAAAUAUAAUGCAUCAUAUUUUGUCAUUAUAUGAAGGUUCGCUGCCCAACUCAAUGAAAGAAUGUGCACAAUGCGCAUCUGUUCUUCCUUAAGGUAACCGUAGUAAUCUUAGUAAGAGUGCACCAUUUUUUUAGUGACUGUCUGAACCGUCUAUUUUCAAAUCGUGGUCGGCUUAACAGGAGACACCAAAUCCAUUGCGUUUCUGAUAUGCUCGUUAAGUUGAAGUUAAGAAGAUGCAGCAUUCUGUUUCAUUUAGCUGCGCUCUGUCUAGCUGUUUGAAACGCUCGCCUGCUGUAUAAAUGCGUUGCUUCAGCGCGUUGACUCCACUGCCACACGCCAUGUGUGUCUCUCUCUUAGUUGCUAUGAGACGUCGCUGACAAUCAAUGUACCCCUCAAAACCACAACGUAAUCAGUCUAAAAAAUAAGCUCACUCUUUGACACGUUAGUGUUUAGUUGUCAGGUAAUUGUCACUGAAUUUCGAAUUUCAUGAUCGAUCAUUGCUACCACGUCCGAGUACUCAUGCCCACCCCUAAUAUAUACACUGCUCAAAAAAAUUAAGGGAACACUUAAAUCACACAUCGGAUCUCGAUGAACGAAAUGUAUUGAAGAUCAAAAUCUUUACUGUACAUUGUGUAAUUAGUUGAGAACAAUAUGACGUAACAUCGGUCAGUGGAAACCAAAAUCACCAACCGAUUGAGGGCUGGAUUCAAACUCACACCGAAAAUCAAAGUAAACAAUUGAAAUCACAGGCUUUUCCAACUUGCGUGAAUUUCAUCAUGGCAACUCAUAAUGUGACUCAGUAGUGUGUAUUGCCCCCACGUGCCUGUAUGCACUCCUGAUGACGUCUGGGCAUGCUCCUGAUGAGAUGGCAGAUGGUGUCCUGGGGUAUCUCCUCCCAGACCUGGAUCAGGGCAUCAGUGAGUUCCUGGACAGUCAGUGGCGCUACUUGGCGGCGUUGGAUGCACCGAUACAUAAUGUCCCAAAGGUUCUCAAUUGGAUUCAGGUCUGGGGAACAUGAGGGCCAGUUAAUGGCAUCAAUGCCUUAGUCAUCCAGGAACUGCCUACACACACUGGCCACAUGAGGCCGGGCAUUGUCCUGCACCAGGAGGAACCCAGGGCCCACUGCACCAGCGUAAGGUCUGACGAUGGGUCUGAGGAUUUCAUCCCAGUACCUAACAGCAGUCAGGGUACUGUUGGCUAGCACGUGGAGGUAUGUGCAACCCUCCAAGGAUAUGCCUCCCCAGACCAUCACUGGUCAUGCUGGAUGAUGUUGCAGGCAGCAUAGCGUUCACCACGGCAUCUCCAGACGUCUGUCACAUGUGCUCAGUGUGAACCUACUCUCAUCUGUGAAGAGAACGGGGCGCCAAUGGCGGACCAGCCAAUUCUGGUGUUCUCUGGCGAAUGCCAAUCGAGCUGUACGGUGCUAGGCUGUGAGCACAGGUCCCACCAGAGGAAGUCGGCCCCUCAUGCCACCCUCAUGGAGUCUGUUUCUGACAGUUUGGUCAGAAACAUGCACACCAGUAGCCCGCUGGAGGUAAUUUUGUAGGGCUCUGGCAGUGCUCCUCCUGUUCCUCCUUGCACAAAGGAGCAGAUACCGGUCCUGCUGCUGGGUUGAUGCCUUUCUAUGGUCCUGUCUAGCUCUCCUCGUGCAACGGCCCGUCUCUUGGUAUCUCCUCCAUGCUCGAGACUGUACUGGGAGACACAGCAAACCUUCUUGUGAUGGCAUGUAUGGAUGUGCCAUCCUGGAGGAGCUGAACUACCUGUGCAACCUGAAUGGGCUGCAGGUACCGCCUCAUGCUACCAGUAGUAACAAGGACAUUAGCAAAACGCAAAACUAGAGAAUAAUCAGUCAGGAAGGUUAAGGAGAGAGCAAUUGUCUGUGGCCACCACCUGCAAAACCAUUCCCUUUUUGGGGGUUGUCUUGCUUUUGCCUUUCCAGUGCACCUGUUGUCACUUUCAUUUGCACCAAAACAGGUGACAUUGAUUCACAAUCGCUUAGGCUUCCUAACUGGACAGAUUGAUAUCCCUGAAGUUUAAUUGACUUGGUGUUAUACUGUGAUGAUUACGCGUUCCCUUAAUUUUUUUGAGCAGUGUGUGUGUGUGUGUGUAUAUAUGUAUAUAUAUAUUACACACUCACUGAGCACUUCAUUAGUAACACUAUGGUCCUAAUAAAGUGCCCCAUGUGGUCUUCUGCUGUUGUAGCACAUCCACCCUCAAGUUUUGAUGUGUUGUGCAUUCUGAGAUGCAAUUCUGCUCACUAAAAUUGUACAGAGGGGUUAUCUGAGUUACCGUAGCCUUUGUCAGCUCGAACCAGUCUGGCCAUUCUCUGUUGGCCUCUCAUCAACCAGGCAUUUCCAUCUGCAGAUCUCUUUAAGUUUUUUGUUUUAGGCACCAUUCUGAGUAAACUCUAGAGAUUGUUGUGUGUGAAAAUCCCAGGAGAUCAGCAGUUACAGAAAUACUCAAACCAGCCCGUCUGGCAGCAACAACUGUACUAUAGUUGAAAUCACUAAGAUCACAUUUCCUCCCAUUCUGAUGUUUGAUGUAAACAUUAACUGAUGCUACUGAUCCGUAUGUUCAUAGCACUGCUGCCACACGAUUCGCUGAUUAGAUAAGCGCAUGAAUAAGUAGGUGUACAGGUGUACCUAAUAAAGUUCUCAGUGAGUGUGUGUGUGUGUGUGUGUGUGUGUGUAUAUAUAUAUAUAUAUAUAUAUAUAUAUA